UCACGAGCAGAAGCAAGUGAAAUAGUGCGAAGGGCGUUCCUACUGGGUUUUGUGGUGGGGAACUAGUAGCUCGUGGUUGUGUUUGCAUUGUCGUUCUAACUGAUGCUUCCUAGUAUGUUUGCAUCGAGGGUGUAAUGAAAGUUUAGUUUGGAUCUCUGGUUACAGUGGUUGAAAUGUCAUCAGCAACAUGUGCUAAUUUAUUCUUGAGAAAUCUUAGGGGAACUUUGUUUCUUUUUACUUGUCUGAUUCCGCGACUUCUGAAGAAAGCAUCCAUUCCGAGGUCAGAGGGCUUCCAUUAAGAAUAAACGCGUAUCCAUGCUUGACCGACACACGUUAUGGUCAGAAGAUCAACCACCAGUGGCUUGGGAGACCAACACAUAACUAUCUGCAGAAGAUGUAAAAAUGCCAGUCCGCACACUCCCUUCAUCCUUCCUCAUGCUCCUUGCCAUCUGGGGUGUCCUGGUUCCAUCCCUCAGUCACCCUCAGCCAAAUCCGUGUCGAAUGAUCCAAAGAAUGGCACUGUGCAACAAUGGCAGACUAUCAUACGUCCCUGUCGGCCCGCCGUGCAACACAGAAGAGCUUCAGCUUAACCACAAUCAUAUUCAGACACUACUCAACAGUUCUCUUCUCCACUACUCCUCCUUACAUACGUUAAGCUUAGCAGGGAAUCACCUGGAGAAGAUGGAAGCCAAUGCAUUUGGAGGCUUACACCCCUUACAGAUCCUUAAUCUAGCAGAGAACGAGCUUCACGUCGGGUACCAAGACACUAGCCAUGCACUACUCCAGCUGCCGCAGCUACGAGUUCUGGAUCUGUCCCAGAACGGGCUCGAGGACGACAUGGUCUUCCACCUCCUCCAGAACCUGACCUCAUUGCAAUACCUGAAUCUCUCACGGAACCUUAUGCAGCGAUUGGAUGAAAGCUCGUUUGAGGGCCUGCACCAGUUAAGAGAACUUGACCUGCAUAACAACGUGUUGUUUGAGAUAGAUGGGGCCUUUUCUGGCAAUCCGAAGCUCCAGAGGCUCAACCUUGCUUUCAACUACCUACCCUGCCUGGUCGACUUCCACAUGACCCAGCUGGUAGUCCUAAAUGCCAGCCACAAUUUCAUUGAGUGGUUUGUCGCCCAACAAGAGCUCAAAGAAACCUUCCACUUGGAGACCCUUGACCUCACAGACAAUAAGCUGCUUUUCUUCCCUUUCUUGCCGAGCCAGAGUCGCCUUCGUAACCUCUACUUGUCCCAAAACACUGUCCGCUUUUAUGGGGGCCUGGUGGAUGAUGCCACUGGUGAAAACUGGACUACAAGCAUCCAGUUCUACAACCUGAAUGGUAAUGCAAGUAAUGUGACGGCUCAGCUAUGGGACGACAGUCUCCAUGGUGACGUCUCCUCUGUGGAAAUCCUGGACCUGAGAAACAACCAAGUGGAGCACCUUCCCCAAGGCUUCAUCAGCCAAAUGCAAUCUCUCACUAGGCUUCAGAUGCAAACAAACUGCCUGAAGACCUUGAACCUGACAUCAGAGGGGUUCUCUGGCAGCCUGUAUGAGCUCGAUGUCAGCAACAACAGGCUAAGCGAGGUCAUGGCUGAGAAGGGCACACUGGCAGCUCUUGGAAAUCUGACCUACCUUAACAUGAGCCUCAAUUCCCUUAGGUCGCUUCCCUCUGGACUAUUUUCCUCAGUAGAAAGCCUGAGGUCGGUGGAUCUAAGCUACAAUAGUAUGGGCAUUUGUCCGUCGGAGACAAGAGGCGAGGAUGAGGGCAGUCCCUCUGAUUGCGUAGUAUGGAGAAACAUGGCCUCUUUAAGACAACUGUACCUUAGAGGAUGCGGCAUCCAAGGGAUGCCACCCUCUUUGUUCGCUGGGAUGCGCCUCACGCACCUGGAUUUGUCGGACAACCCGGGGCUCCGCGUGGAGACCGGGGCUCUCAGGGCCCUCACUGGGACGCUGCAGCACAUGGGCUUGGGGAAAACAGACAUGAAAUCUGUGGACUUUUCCCCCUUUCACAGCCUGAGGUAUUUAAAUAUCUCAAGAAACUCCCUCACACAACUUCCUAUGUCACUUUUAAAUCUGGACCUUCAGAUGCUGGAUGCAAGUGAAAAUAACUUAUCCACCAUUUCUCCAGGUGACGCUGCACUAUUGGCACCCAAACUCAGGACAGUUUUCCUGGCCGGAAACCCGUUUAACUGCUGCCAAAUGGAAUGGUACAGGAUGUUUGAAACUACUUUUACGGUCAAUAUGGUGGACAAGACAGAAAUAUUAUGUCAGGAUGAGGCGAAGAUAACAUACAGAGCAGGAGUCCUGUCCAUCUUGUGUGGGGACUCAAGCAGGGAGUCCGUUUUCUGGUAUCUUCUGCUUGUUCUCUCUGGCUUUCUGCUUUUUGUUGGCAUUCCGACUGUUUGCCUCCUGACCUUUAGGCCCCUUCUGUUACAGAAAACUGUUAAAAAGAAAAGUUUGAAGCCUACAUCUUACUGACAACACUCUUUGAACUACAAAGUAAGCAUUUGUCAGACCUAAGAAAGGGUUGUGGUUUAGAUAAACAAUAAAAGGUGCAAUGGGCCUUCUCAGAAACAUGUGUUGUAGCCUUAAGGCUGUUCAAAACAAAUUUGUAUUUUGGUUUGCGUGUGUGUCCAUAUGCAGAAGUAGUAUGAUGCAAGCAUGUAUAAAGGCAGCAGAGGAAACAAGAAAUUUCCUGUUUUGCUGAGAUCGGCAGCAACUGCCCAGUGUUUCUCGGCGAGGGAGGGGUCUGUGGUUUCCUCUCUAACCCGUGAGACACAGAUGCAACUCAAAUUCACCCUGUUCUUGAAAUUCCAUGUGUGCAUGCUGGUGUGGAGCGCCUCUUUCGAGUCCAUGCAGCCACACACACACACACACACACACACACACACACACACACACACACACACACACACACACACACACACACACACACACACACACACACACACACACACUUAAACAGCAGCCUUCUGAUUGGCCACCAAAUCCAAAUCGAACUGACAAAAGUAGUUUUGGUUUGUAAGUGAUGUGAUGUUUUGGGCCUCUUGAUAUGAGGGAAUGGUUUAUAGGUAUUUGUAGGUGCUAAAUGGUGGAUUCCUGUGCGAGCAUGUGUAGCAAUUCUAACCAUAAGGUAACCAGUAGACCGCUGUGGUGUAGUGCAAUGGGUCACAGUGGUUGGAACAGAGAAACCUACCAACCCAAACUGACAAGGUUGGUUGAGCAUUAACCUAGGAUCCUAUGAACUAUGAUUAGUAUUAUUUGUUAUGGAUUAUUUAAGUACAUUAUUAGAUCAUAACAAGGCAAUGUGACUAUCAUUUUAGUAAUUUGAACAAUAAAGAACACAACUCAAGAGUCACUCAGAGCUAAACAUGUGACACAAAACAUUCAUCUGUACUAUGUCUCUGUUCUCUGUGAAACAAGUGACAGAGGACGGGUGAAAAAGGAAGUGUGCACAUACACACACACAAACUAGUAGAGCUUUUCCCAGAUAAGAAUGAAUUGUAAUAGUGGAUGAGAUGAUAAUUAUGUUAUACAGAUAGUAAAAACCUUAAAUAUCUAUGCCUUGGAACAAAGAUUUCACAAAUUAAGCAAAUACUAUGUCUACAUUUUAUAUAAACGAUGUAGGAAAAAAAUAUGAGAAAGAAUGAAUAAAGAAAUGUGUUGGAAGACAUUGAGGCCUUUUUUAAUUGCAGCGCUACCAGUUUGGCUAACCUGAAUAGUGUGACUGCCUAUGCUCGCUUUGAGAACAUAAUUGUCACUGAACCCAUGUGUGUUUUGUCUUAGACGUCAGCAUGUGCGUGUCUUCAUUCAGCAUUUAUAAUGUUUUGUGUUCUACAUGUAUUUUGGGCAGUUAAGGCGUGGGGCCUCACAGCAUGUGAUCCUGCAUAAUAGGCACAUUCUGAGGAAGUAAAAAAUGGCAACCAGUAGGAUUCCACUUCCUCUUUAACCCUUAGAGCUCCCUGUUGCACCAGCAGGUCUCUGACUCUGGGCCUGGGCUUUGACCUGGAGGACUUCAGGCAACUGUUCAUAACUACACCAUCAUUCCAUAAAAACAAGUUUUGUUAUUCUUUGGAAUAGUGUGCCGAAAGACAAUAGCGAAAUUUCAGGAUAAUUUCACUCCCUAAUAUAGAUAGAUGGCUACAACAUUUCCAACAAAUUAAACUCAAAUUGUCCCUCUUAAAUCAUACAGCCCCAUGUAAGGUCUUAUACGUUAAGACAGUACGUUUGAGGUCUUGCCAAGCCAAAGCAUUUGACAUAAAAUGACUAGUAAAUCUUGAAGCAUAAAUUGAUGAUAAAAUAAAGCCAUCUAGUUGAGGCACAUUCAAAAUGAACAAACAAUAUAUUGUUUUAUUGCUAGUCAUCCAUUUUUAACUAAAUGUCUUAUUUUAAAAUUAAAAUGUAGCAGACAAUUUCAUGCCUGGUAUUUCCUCUAGUGCCAGUACGGCACCAAUGUCCAGUGUCACCCUGUUCACAAAGAGCCUCAUCUGUUUUUAAUUUCCCUUCAUGAACAUUGUUCCAAGAGGCUGGUCGUAGAUCGCCUUGUGAACUAUGUUGGACUCACGAAGCGAGGUCUCUGAAACCUGGGCGCUGCUGCUCAAACACACAAGAGAUGCCUGUGCUUGCUACUUGUGAAUGCAAUAGAAUUCAUACCAUACUUCCAACCAAUAAUGUUGUCUGUAGUACACAGCCGCAACAGAAGAGCAGAAAUCUAAUUU